GCUAGGGUGAGGCUAGUUACUUGUACAUGGAGAGAGAGAUAGUUUGUUUCAGAGAAGAUAAGAAGGGGGACAUGGUGAGUAAACGUGCGGGGAAUGAAGCGGGGGAAACAGCCAGCGGCCGCCUCAAGAAUGAGCUACCAGGGAGUGGAAUAGAUGCUGAGGGUAGUGAAGCUCUCUGUAAUGGAAAAGACUCAGAGGUGACUCUGCCAGUGGAUAAUCUAAUCACCAAUGGUGCUGCUGAUGUGCUUACAAAUGGCGUGGUGGAGGUCACUCCCACUCCAAACACGCUUAAAAUCAAGAUUCAUGUGCCUGGAUGCGACACCAUUAGCUUACAAGUGCCCUUUGAGGAGAUGGUCCAGGAGAUCAUCCAGAUUCUGAUGGAACGUGAGGACACAUGUCAUCGGACCUGCUUCUCACUUCAGCAUGAUGGCAACAUUCUGGAUAACCUUGCGGGGUUGGCAAGCAUAGAAGGACUGAAGGAUGGAUCAAUUCUCCGAGUGGUAGAAGAACCAUAUACUGUCCGAGAGGUUAAGAUUCACGUCCGUCACAUCCGGGAUCUGUUGAAGUGUCUGGAUCCUGUUGAUGCUUAUAAUGGCAUUGAGUGUAAUUCCUCUUCUUUCUUAACCACGAUCUCUGAGGGAGAUAUUGCAGAUAUAUCUUCAGCUGGGAAAAGGAAACGACGUUCUGGUUCAGAUCAAUCACUUGAGACUAUCGACUGCUCUCCUCCGGAAUAUAUCUUGCCAGGAUCUAAAGAUCGGCCCCUGUCAUUCCUACAGCCACUAACUGCGGAUAGCAAGUCCUUGCAGUGUUUGAAGUGUCUGAUGGUGAGUGGGUGGAAUCCACCUCCUGGUAACCGUAAGCUGCGGGGGGAUCUGAUGUAUUUUAACGUCAUCACCAUGGAGGAUCGUCAUGUCAGCAUCACUGCAUCCACACGUGGAUUCUACAUCAACCAGUCAACUGCAGAUGUAUUUAAUCCAAAACCAGGCAGUCCUAGCCUGCUAUGUCAUUCACUGUUGGAUCUUCUGAAUCAAAUUAGCCCAAUAUUCAAGAAGAAUUUUGCGAUAUUGCAGAAGAAAAGGGUGAAUUGCCAUCCAUUGGAGAGGGUUGCCACACCAUUCCAAAGAUACAGUUGGACCAUCCCACACAAACAGCACACCAUUGAUUGUGUGAGGGCUGAGGAUGCAUAUACUUCCCGUCUAGGGUUUGAGGAACAUAUUACUGGGCAGCCCCGGGACUGGAAUGAAGAGUUGCAGAUGGCACGGGAGAUGCCCUGUCAAGAUAUGAUGCAGCGGAUAUUGAGGAAGCAGACCAUGUUUAAGGUAAACAGUGACUUUGUUGCAGCCGCCACCCGUGGUGCAAUGGCAGUUGUCGAUGGGAACAUCAUGGCCAUCAACCCAGGAGACUAUACCAAAAUGCAGAUGUUCAUCUGGAACAACAUUUUCUUCAGCUUCGGAUUUGACAUCCGGGACAACUACAAAGAAUCUGGUGGGGAUCAUGCUGCUUAUGUUGCAUCCAGCAAUGAUUUGAAAGGGAUCCAAGCUUAUAGUAACUUGGAUGUGGCUGGUCUGCAUGUACUAGGGACUGUAAUAGUGGAUUACCGGGGCUAUCGGAUAAUUGCACAGUCCAUUAUCCCUGGAAUUCUGGAACAGGAGCAAGAUCAGAACGUGGUUUAUGGAUUGGUAGAUUUUGGGAAGACUGUUAUUUCUAAUCAUGAGUACAUCAACAUAUUGCUUCAAACCUCCAGACCCCUUCGGAUUCAGAAGCACCUCGUCCUGAAUAAUUUAGAACAGCCCAUCCUCCUGUGCUCUUCUGUGGAUUGCAAAGGAAUUGUGGGCAAUGAUGGGAGACGUUACAUUCUGGAUCUUUUCCGCACAUUCCCCUCAGAUCUGAACUUCCUGCCAAUGAUUGGUGAAGAGUUGCAUGAGGAAUGUCAAAGAUUAGGAUACCCAAAGGAAUAUCGGCAUAAGUUGUGCUGUCUACGGCCGGAGCUAGUGGAGAAUUUCGUCCAACAUAAGCACACGCAGUUUACAAAACUCUUGAAGGAGAAAAUGCGUAGAAGUGACAGAAGAAAAAGUUUAAUGGAGGAUGGAGAGAGUGCAACAGAAAAUUAUGGUAAGGGAGUCCAGUGUUUGCAGAGGUGGCAGAUACGUUGGCAUCCAGACUCUGCAAGUGGUGAAGCAGUGGAUGAAAAGAACAGCACAUCCACGGGGGUGUCGCUGAAAGAAAGUGUAGCUUUUUCCUAUGUGGACUCCAAUCUUCUACUUGGUUCUCUUCCAACUCCAAAGACCUUUGAAUUGCCUGUUUGGAGCUCCCCUUUAAAUACUGGAGUUGAGAUUGCAGUACGAGGGUCUAUGUUGUAUCCACUGUCGCUGACGAAACAGAAAAUCCAGAAGUAA